CGGGUGCCCUGAAGCAGCCUCUGUUUUAGGUAUGGCUCCUACAUGGUCUGGAGAGAGCUGGGGGGCUUCUCGGAGGAGGCCGUGGUGCCCCUGGGCCUCUACACUGGGCAGCUGGCCCUGAACUGGGCGUGGCCCCCCAUCUUCUUCGGCAGCCGACAGAUGGGUUGGGCCCUGGUGGACCUCCUGCUGACGGGUGGGGUGGCGGCCGCCACGGCCGUGGCCUGGCACCGGGUGAGCCCGCCCGCCGCCCGCCUGCUCUACCCGUACCUGGCCUGGCUGGCCUUUGCGGCCACACUCAACUACUGUGUGUGGAGGGACAACCGAGGCUGGCGCGGGGGCCGCCGGCUCCCGGAGUGAGGGCCGCCCUCUCCGGGGCUGCAGCCUUCAGGCCUGGGCGGGCCAUGGCCGGCUCUCAGCCCCGGGGUCACUAGCGCCCCAGAGGUGGUCCAGCUCGGGGCCCCUGGGGCCGGCAUUCGGGGCUUCCGGUCUGCUUGAAGCACGUUCUUAGCCCGUGGAGUUUUAUAAGCCAAAUAAAGUUCUCAGCCUCCUGG